AUGCUGACUAGGUCUGCGGGUAGGAAAACUCGCUCUUCCACAAAGGGGGUGAAUACUGGUGGCGGUGAUAAGGAGGUAUCCCGCAGCGUCUCUUCUCGUUCGAAACCCGCAGGAUCAAGGAAAACAAAGAAGGCACUAGAUGAUGACGCUCGUCCUGCCAAAAAACCCAGAAUUUUGGAGAAAACCAUUCAGGAACCUGUUGCAGAAGUCGCUAAUUCUGGUCGACCCAGCGGACUGACUGAAUCAGAUUUCCGUCAGCGCGAAGUAACUCACCCAGUCGCAGGCUCGUCCCGGGACCAGGAUGAUGCGAUACGGAAGAAGAUAGAGGAGUACGAGCUGCGGCAGAGGUCCCUGAAAUGCGAGCGCGACGAGUUUCAAGCCGAGGUUGCGGAGCUUAGGAAGUCUGAAGAUAGCUUGAACAAAAGGGAGGAAGACGUCACGAAGAAAGAGGAGGCGCUUGCACGCACCGAGGCGAAACUGAACGAACGCGAUGCGGCUGUCGUGAAGAGAGAACAGGAAGCCGAGGAACUGAUAGGCAGCGUGAUAGGCAGUCCAGCAGAGCAGGUUCUGGCGCAGCUCGAGGAGAGCUUCACUUGCACACUAUGCUUCGACGUUAUGCUGGUGGACAAGCUCCUCACCGAUCUCAUCGAUGUGCUGCACAAAUCUGGGCCCGCUGUGGGUACCAGUGCGCAUGCAAAGAGGAAUCAGAAGGCCGCUGAAGCAGGAGAUCCUACGGCAGCAUGGCGCGAAGGGGGCAGUGCAAGAGCCGAAUGGAAGGAACGAGAGCGGAAAGGAAGAGAUGAAAUGAGAUUGCUAACAGCCAACUGGUCCAAGCUUCGGCCUUUGGACUUCAGAGCCAUUAGAGAUCGUACCUCAAGCUGA